UUGCACGUCUAUGUAAAUGUCAACCUCUUUAGAUUCAUUAUUCAUUAUCAACUUUUCAUUUGAAAUCAAAAAUUAAAAAAAUCUUAAAUUUUUGGGAUAAGUUUCCCAAAAGAACAAUUUCAUAAACACUCACAACAUACAUGGGUUUUUUAAAAUAAUUCUAAUAUAAUAAUGGAAGCAAUUGAUGAAACGUUAUUGAAUGAUGAUAAUGAUGACGACUUGGAUUAUGAUUUAGACCCCAAAGAAGAAAAUGCUCUCCUCCAAGAAGAAACUGAUCUCUUGGAACAAGAAUUCGAGGAUGAAGAUAUUCUUGAUAUUAAUGUUGACUAUGAGCAAAUGGAUGUUUCUGAUGAAAAAUUGGAUUCAAUAUCAUCAGAUAAAGCAAGAAAUGAAAUUAGAAGAGAUUCUAAUGCAGGAAAAAAAACUACUAUUCCGAUGUAUAAAAAAGAUAAAUUGAAUAGAGCUAAAAAUCUUUCAAGAAUUAAUAAAAGGGGCUUUGUUAACACACUUGGAAACCGCGUAAUGAGGCGAUCAAAAACAGUAUUGAUAAAUCCUAGAUUUAAGGGUCCUGUACAUGUAAAUGGUAGACCAUUUGCUUGGGAGAAGCCAACUAGAAUACUGAAUCAGGUACCUGCAAAUCAAUACAUCCACCCUUGGUCUGCAGGCAAUAUUUUUAAUCAGACAGUUCAACCUCCUCAAAAUUCUGUCAGUAAUUAUAGCCCAGCUCCAUUUGUCCCAAACAGCUCUUUUACAUAUGUACAGCAACCACAGCAACAAAUUCUCCAGCCUCAACCUUUUAUACAACCUCAGGUUUUUGUCAAUCCCCUCCCAGUUAUGAACCAGGCACCUAUAAUGAAUCAUAACAUGCCUCCCCCACAACAACCAGCGUUGCAGAUGGACCAUUACAUGAACAAUUAUCAGGUACCCUCAAUGCCUCAAAUGGAACUGAUUCAGCAGGUACCUGAAGCACAGAAACUACCUGUUCAUCAAAGGUUGGGAAUUCCAAUGGACAACUUCAAUCAACCUCUGAAUAAUCCAAUUCGUUAUGAUAAUAACCAGUCUUUACUUAAUCAGAUGGCUUUUGAAAAUCAUGAAUACAACAACCAAUUGAACCAGACAAAUUACAGUCAUCCUGAGCAGAUGCCAAACAUGAACCAACCUCGUACCAACAAUAAUCAUUAUUCAAAUAAGAAGAUCGAUAACUCAAAGUAUAUGAAUUUUAACAAAAAGCAGCAUAGGAAAUUCUCAGGAAAUCAGAACAGUAACAACAAUAGGGUGUUGUUGUCUCCAAAAAAGGUCAAUAUCAUGCAGAAUCAGAAGCCCCCUAUUUUACAAAACUCUGAAACAAGGGAAAAUAAGCAGUGCUUAAGGAUGGAAAAUAACUCUAGUUCUAACAUUGUGGUUGUACCUGAAGAUGAGGAUGAAGAAACUCGCCAAUAUAGGAUUAAAAUAGAGGAACAGAAAAGAAAACGGGAAGAAGUUCUCAGAAAAAAAGAAGAAAAUAGACUCAAAAAUUUGUCGGAUCUGAACACAAAUGUUUCAACAUCAACAGUGGAGCAGAAGAUAAAGAAUCAUCCUAAGCAUAUUUUCAAACAAAAAAAAUUCAGUUAUCAGCAUCGCCCCCAACAAAAUCAACAAUUUGUGAAACCUCAAGUUAACACUAACAAUAUUGUGAUAACAGGGAAUGACGACCAGUGCUAUUUUAAUUCGCGCCUUAAUAAAAACAUAGGCAAUUUUAACAAAGGUUGUGAAAGCCCUUCUAUAAGAAUUGUAACUGCUGAACCUAUUUCCUGCUCUAACAUCAAUUCCAAUAUUGAACACUUUGAUAAAGACGUUGAUUCUAAAAGCUUGUCGUCCUUCCUUAGCAACAGAGUCGUUUCAACUCAAGAAAGUUUAAUGCAAACAAACAUUGUUGUGGUUAAAAAUCUAGCAACAGCAACAACCAAACCAAAGAUUAUGAAAUUAUGCAGGGGUAUUGGAAGUGUUCAGAAACUACAAAUGGAAACAAAUGAGCGUCAAGCAACAAUUCAUUUUGAUACUGUUGCAUCAGCUCAUAAAUUUUAUAAUAAAUACAGACGAUAUAUGAUUGAUUUAUCAAUGAUCCAGGUGGAUCUUCUGCCACCUGAAGGCAGCACCUAGAUUGAUUUAAUCCAAGUGUUUUGUUACCUGUAUAUAUUCAUAUGCUCAUUAUUGGUGCUUUCUUGUGCAAAUCCGAAUUUUUCGAUACUCAUUAAUCGAUUAAUUAUGUACAUAUGUAUAUGUUGUGCUGAAUAUCAUUGCAAUUAUGUAAUCAUUCAAUAUUAAUUAUGGAAUUGGGUGAAUAAGAAAUCCCAUCCGAAAAUUCAUUUUUAGAAUAAGAGGAAAAAUGUUUUCGAUAAAAAUAUGUCGAAAAUCAUUCGGUUUUAUCCAAUCUAAUAGAUCAUUGUAUCUUUUAUCCAAUAUUUUUAAAUUGACAACAUUUUAUGAGAUUUUUCGUACUCGUUUUCAAGACCUAAAAUUAUAUUCCAAACAAUUUUUUAUACCCAUUUGCAUUUUAUUUAUAUGUAUUUAUUAAGUUUCGAGUUGUUGUCGGUUAGAUUCUGUGAAUUUACCUGGACUUGCUGAAUUAAUUUGUAGAAAUGUAGUUGCAUUGACGGUUUCGGAUUUCGAUUUGGGUCCUGCUUUGUUUUAUUUGUUCAUUGAAACUUAUUUAUUUUGUGAUGUAUGGAAAUAACAGUGUUGUUCUGGUUCAGAUUUACUGCUGUAAUGAACUAGUAUUCAAUAUUGAACUAGCCAGUGACUGAUUAUGUUUCUGUACCAGUUGUAUUCAUUUGUUGCAGACAUUCUUAUUAAUAAGCCUUAAUAUUCAACUCAGACAUUACGUUCUGUACAGAGAGACUCUCUGUUCUGUAUGUGUAAUUUUCAAUUAUUUGGAUAGAUGAAUUAGUCUAAUUGUUUUCCCUUGGAUUGAAUUAUUUUUCAAUUUAUUUAUAUAAAAGAUAAAAUUUGACUUCCUGUAAGUUAUUAGUAGUAAUUCGGAUUUAAGUGAUCUCAUACAUGUUGUGUUCACUAGGUCAGAGGUGAUGCAUAUACAGGGUGUUUUACGCAAAGUGUCCACUAGAAGUAUCUAGCUAGAGAAACAAAUGAGACUUUUUUCUUGAAUGUUGUGGAUCAUAAUGAAUGGCUAAUUGGAAUAUUUUCGCCUUGGUCUCCUUCCGGUGUAAUCAUGAAUUGUUAUAACUUCUCGAAUAACUUCAGAUUUAGGUAUAAGGCGUGAAUUAUUGUUAGAUAGAUUCUUGCGUCCCAUCCAAUGGUCUAUCAAACUACAAGGAGUCGAGAAUAUUUUAGACUAAUAGAUCCCAGUCAUCCAUUUAUAUCCACAAAUUUUCAGGAAAAAAUCUCAUUUGGUUCUAUAAUUACUAUGGGUGAAACACUCUGUAUUUUAACUAAUUCAGUAACUUGAUAUAAACAACGAGAAAUUUUCUUGGUGUUACAAUGAAUGAAAUUAAUUACUGUAGUUUUUACGUAAUUUUAAGAACGAAAACUGUGAAAUGAUUGGAAAAUCUUAUUAUUGAUCCUAUUGUGUUGAUAUGUAAAUUUAUUUAUUUUUGUCAGUUUCAAUAACAAUUUUUUGUGUGAGUUUUUGAUGACAAUCACUGAUAAUAUUUUUGUGCUGUGUUUUAUACAUUUUGCUAUAUUGAUACCGCUUAUAUGUUUCUUUAUUAUUUACAAUUGAAAAUAAACUUUGUCGAAAAUAAUUAAAGGCAACCGUGAUUAUUUGGUUAAAUUGGGGAGAAACGUAACACAACAUAACUUCUUUUAACUUCAGUUGAUAAGAGAUGAACUGUAUUUGGUUUCAUGCAUGUUAUUUUUUUAAUCAAUAUCCAGAGACCUCCUUUUGAACGCAUACAAUUUUCAAUAUUGUAUACAAUGCAAUGUUUUUUUUUGGGCUACAGUCUGAAAAUAUGCAUUAUAUAACAUCCUGAGCAAAGAAAAAUUGUAAUCAUUUUUGGAAUUCUCCGAAUUGAAUCUCUUAUUUCAAUUAUCACUAAAAAUAUUUUAUUUAUCCAAAUCAUUGUUCGUCACUUUUUUACUGUAUAAGUUUGUUGGAAGAGUCAUUGCCUAGUUGUAGGCAAUUAUUUACAUGAAAAAAUAUAUUAUACAACCUGUGUGCUUUAUAUAUUCAAAACCUGACAUUCCUUUUUUAGAAAAUAACUGAAAUUGUCCACUGUAUAGUCUACGAAAAAAUCUUCCCACAUUGUGAGAAAAUAUAAGGAUGAAAAUGGAACAUUCAAUUUUCAAGUCAAUAUAUUUAUUGUCACUUCAUGAUUUUUGGUAUUAUUAGUUGUCGAAUUAUGAUGAACACAAAUGAUUUAUGUAAAUAUUCUAACAAAAAUUGGAUGGAAAAGUCAUGUUAAGAUAACACUCGUUAUAGACAAAUAUGUACAAAGAUGGCACCGAACAAUACUCUCAAGGUCAGUGUCCUAAAGUACUUUACCAAUACCCAUGAAUCUUUGAGUUUUAGUUUCUUUGAAAUAUAAUUGGCUGCAUAUACAAUAAAAUAAAAGCAUGGAAAAUUGUACUUUGAUAAAAUACUUUAUCUCACUAGAAAAAAAAUAUCAAAAAUUCUCAUGCAAUGAAAUAUACAUUUAACGCCUCUUUUUGGAUAUGCAUUAUCUCAAAAUUUUCACAAAGAUUUAACAAACAGUGAUCUUACAACAUAUAAACAUGGGUUUUCCAAUUCAAUUUCGAAAUUUACAACUGCUUUAUGGCUUUAGCACUGACAUCUAUAGUAAAACCCUGGUGCAAGAUCUAGCAAAGCCGCAAACUUUUCAAAUGAGUCCAGUUUAUCCAGUUUUUUCCAAAGUAUAAAUUUGAUUGUGUUCCAUAGCUUUCAUUCGAUGGAUUAUUUAUAAGAAUAGAAAUGUAAUUCCUUCACUUAAUAAAUAUCAUAUGUUCUUUCUGGAUUAUUUGAAUUUAUAUAUUUCAAAGUAGUUAUUUAAUAAGAUAUACCAAAAACCAAACUGAAUGCAUUAUCACAGAAUGAAUAUAAUAAAAAAUACUGUUGAAAUGACUCUGCCUGUUUGCGUCUUCGCAUUUUUUCAUGCUCUCGGAUUUUUCUCUACACUAUUGAAGUUCUUUAUGCUGGAUAAAGGAAUGUCCUGAUUUAAAAAAGAUGCAAAUCUGUCAUAAACAACACUCAAAGAAAGAAAACCCUUUAGGAACUUUCACAUACUGUAAAAUAUGUUAUCAAA